AUGCAGGUUCACUGGGAUAAAUAUAAAUCGGAGAGAAAUAAAGUUAACUCGGAAAUGAAAAGGGCCAAAACUGUCUAUUAUCAAACAAGAAUUAAGGAAUUUUCCCUAGCUAAAGACAUGAAAAAAACAUGGUCACUGAUAAACACCCUAUUGGGCAAAGGAGGGAAAUCAUCUAACAUUGCAGAAAUUAAUAUUAAUGAUAUAAUAUAUAAUGAUCGCAAACAAAUAGCUGAACACUUAAACGACUAUUUUGUUAAUAUUGGCCCAACACUCGCUGCUGAAUGUGAACGUCUUUCGGAUUAUGAAGACAUGCAUUGUAAUUCAACUGGUGUAAAUUCAAAAUUCUAUUUCCAUACAAUUACUGAAUCCAAUAUUCUAAAAAACCUGAAAAAUCUAAAAGUAUCCAAGGCUACCGGGGCUGAUGGAAUACCAGCCAAAAUGCUGAAAUAA